CAGGACAGUGAUGAUAGUCUGGAACCUUCUGACUGUGAAACCUACCACAAGGAGGGCCACCUAGGUGGUUUACACAUAAAGGUGGAGCGUUACGAUGAUGGUGAGGUGGAGGAACUACAGGACUCGCCCUCCUCUUGCUCCUCAGAAGAAGAAGAGGAUGAGGUGGAAGAUAUUGUGAAGGACUGCAACAGUGGAGGGGAGCUGAACGGACCAGCAAUGAGUAAACACCAGAAGAGAAAGAAGAGGAGAAAAAAGCAGAAAUGGGAUGGAAGUCGACAACGUCUCCGUCUGUCUCCCUCGGCCGCUGCUACCCCCAGCCCUGGCAGCCUGGACCCCACCCUUGGAGAC